UCCGUGAUUUUUACCCUUCCACAUUUAGCCUUUACUUAUUCUCCUCCGCUCGCUCCCCACUCCACUUCCCCUUCUGGGAACUCUCCCCUCAACAUCUCCUUCAUCUCCGGCCGCUCUGUGGUUCCCCUCCGGGAGUUCUCGACCUACUGGUAUUCCCGUCCGCAGUGUGCGAGCUCUGAGAAGAUGCAAAACCCUAGUUUUGGAUCCGUGGAACAUCUUCGGGUGCGAAAAUUAGAAAUGGGUGACAAGGGCAAGGGCUUUAUCGAACUGUUAAGGCAAUUAACCGUGUGUGGAGCUAUGGCGGACGAAGAAUUCAAGGAAAGGUUUGAAGAACUGGCAAAAUAUGGGGAUGACCAUGUAAUAUGCGUGAUCGAAGACAUGGUUUCUGGGAAAAUUGUUGCCACCGGGAGUGUUUUUGUGGAGAGGAAGUUCAUCAGAAACUGUGGGAAGGUUGGUCACGUUGAGGAUGUGGUAGUUGAUUCGGGUGCUCGUGGGAUGCAGUUAGGGAAGAGGGUCGUUGAGUUCUUGACCGACCAUGCCCGUUCGAUGGGGUGUUACAAGGUGAUUCUUGAUUGCAGUGAGGAGAAUAAGGCAUUCUAUGAGAAAUGUGGGUUCAAGAAGAAGGAGGUUCAGAUGGUCAAGUAUUUCAUUUCAUGAUUGAUACUCCAAUCAGGUAUGGUUGCUACACAACUCUUCUUCAUACAUUGUUUUAGCAGUGAUGUUUUGUCUUCAUGGUUUCUCGGCUUAAUUUAUGGUCCUAAUGUGGUUGAUUUAAUGAUUGUAGUCCUCAAAUACAAUAAUGUACUUUAUUGUCUGAUGAACUUCUGUAACUGUUUGAGGAAUCAAAAAAUGCAUGAUAAAACAAUGUAUCCUCUGCUUGCUAUAGCAAUGAGAUUUUUUUUUACAUAAGACUUCAUUUUCUUGAAAAUUUUACUUUUUUUUCAAGUUUAAAGAGAUAUAAGGCCUAGUGUUUGUUUUGCAAGGGUCAUGGGGUGGAAGAGAUGGAGCUCUUACUCAAGGAGAUAUGGUAUGGUACACAUUCCCUGAGGACCUCCAAAAUUUAGAUACAUAACGGGGUUUAGGGGGGUGAAAUCAUCAAUUUUGCGAAGUGUUUCAUGUCAUAUUAUGACACUAAUGGCUAAUGUCAAAGGAUCUUUACCCAUCUUAUAGUAUGUGUAUCAAGUAAACAUGAGAAACUAGUUUUAGAAGGGUGCCAGAAAAAAUUUUACACUUCUGG